GAGCUCCAUAGCCGAACAUGAAGAUGCCCUCCUCAGACAUUUGUUCCAAGGUUAUCAGAAAUGGGUUCGCCCUGUGUUGAAUUCCAGUGACACCAUAAAAGUGCAUUUUGGAUUGAAAAUAUCUCAGCUUGUGGAUGUGGAUGAAAAGAAUCAGCUGAUGACAACCAAUGUGUGGCUCAAGCAGGAAUGGACAGACCAAAAAUUACGCUGGAAUCCCGAAGACUAUGGUGGAAUUAAUUCGAUAAAGGUUCCGUCAGAAUCUCUCUGGCUUCCUGACAUAGUUCUUUUUGAAAAUGCUGACGGACGUUUCGAAGGUUCCCUCAUGACCAAGGCCAUCGUGAAAUCCAGUGGGACCGUCAGCUGGACUCCCCCUGCCAGCUACAAAAGCUCCUGCACCAUGGACGUCACGUUUUUCCCAUUCGACAGGCAGAACUGCUCAAUGAAGUUUGGAUCCUGGACUUACGAUGGGAGCAUGGUCGACCUCAUCCUCAUCAACGAAAAUGUUGACCGGAAAGACUUUUUUGACAACGGAGAGUGGGAGAUACUAAAUGCAAAGGGGAUGAAGGGCAACAGAAGAGAAGGCUUUUAUUCCUACCCGUUUGUGACCUACUCUUUUGUUCUGAGACGCCUGCCGUUAUUUUACACGCUCUUUUUGAUAAUCCCCUGCCUGGGGCUGUCUUUUCUCACGGUCCUGGUAUUCUACUUACCUUCUGAUGAAGGGGAAAAGCUUUCACUCUCAACCUCGGUUUUGGUUUCUUUGACGGUGUUUCUUUUAGUAAUUGAAGAAAUAAUCCCGUCUUCUUCAAAAGUCAUCCCUCUCAUCGGCGAGUACCUCCUCUUCAUUAUGAUUUUUGUUACCCUGUCCAUUAUUGUCACAGUUUUCGUCAUUAAUGUUCACCACAGAUCUUCUUCAACCUACCAUCCCAUGGCCCCCUGGGUGAAGAGGCUGUUUCUGCAAAAACUCCCGAGAUGGCUUUGCAUGAAGGACCCCAUGGACCGCUUCUCUUUCCCGGAUGGAGAGGAGAGGAAACCAGCGGUGAGGGGCAAAGUCUCAGGGAAAAAGAAACAGACGGCUGUUAGUGAUGGAGAAAGAGUUCUGGUCACUUUCCUGGAAAGGGCCGCUGAGUCCAUCAGAUACAUUUCAAGGCAAGUGAAGAAGGAGCAUUUCAUCAGCCAGGUAGUGCAAGACUGGAAAUUUGUGGCUCAAGUUCUUGACCGGAUCUUCCUGUGGCUCUUUCUGACAGUUUCAGUUUUGGGCUCCAUUCUGAUUUUUAUUCCAGCCUUGAAGAUGUGGCUACACCGUUUCCAUUAGGAAUGACUCUUCAGAUUGAUGAAUCCCCCUUAGGACUAACAGCUGCUGCAUGUUCAUAGAAUGCAGAUGCAUGCACUAGCUGUAGUGCCCUCAUUCUGUUGUCUGAGCUUUCUGUGAUGGAAGGACUCAGAAAAUGUGGCUUUGAUGUAAUGUGAUGGGUUGCUGCCCUUAGAAAUGGAUUUGGACAAUUCAAGGGGGACUCCAACUUA